AUGCCGAAGAUCAACGACCUCAUCGCGCAAAAGGCGGCCAAGGGCGAGGACUGGGUCUCCUACGAGUACUUCCCGCCGCGCAGCGAGCAGGGCGUCAAGAACCUCGAGGCCCGCUUCGAGCGCAUGAAGGCGGCGCGCAUGCCGCUCUUCUGCGACAUGACGUGGGGCGCCGGCGGGUCGACGUCGGACCUGACCAUGGAGCUCACGCUCAAGAUGAAGCAGCUGGGCCUCGAGCCGAACAUGCACCUCACGUGCACGAACGUCGCCAAGGCCGACGUCGUCAAGGCGCUCAAGACCUGCCGCGACAACGGCGUCGCGAACAUCGUCGCGCUCCGCGGCGACCCGCCCGUGGGCCAGGACAAGUGGGAGGCGACGGAGGGCGGCUUCGAGUGCGCCUUGGACCUCGUCAAGUUCAUCCGCGAGACGCACGGCGACUACUUCUGCCUGUCGGUGGCGGGCUACCCCGAGGGCCACCCGGACACGAUCGUCCACAAGGUCUUCGUCUGCCCCGACGCGUCCUUCAAGCUCGAGAUGGACUACCUCAAGAAGAAGGUCGACGCCGGCGCGGACAUGAUCAUCACGCAGAUGUUCUUCGACGCGUCGACCUACGGCGCGUUCCUCAAGGAGUGCCGCAAGUGCGGCAUCGACGUGCCCGUCGUGCCCGGCAUCAUGCUCGUCCAGGCCGCCGGCGGCUUCCGCAAGAUGACGACCAUGUGCAAGACGCGCGUCCCCGAGGCCGUCGCCAAGGCCGUGGACACGCGCGCGUCCGACGACGCGGAGCUCAAGUCCUACGGCGUCGACCUCGGCGUCGAGAUGUCGCACCAGCUCCUCAAGUACGGCGCGCCGGGCCUCCACUUCUACACGCUGAACCUCGAGAAGUCGACGCUCGCCAUCGCCGACCGCGUCGCCGCGGACCGCGCCAAGGCCGCGAAGGGCGAGCCCGACUGGCUCAAGCUCGCGGUCGGCGUCGCCGCCGUCGCGGGCUUGUUCGCCUUCGCGCUCAAGAAGCGCGCCUAG